GUAAACCCUAAUUGGUGCUUGACAUUUUUUAUAUCUUUCGUUUUUUGAAGGGCUAUUUUUGUGUGUUUGUUUUGUUGGGAAAUUUGAAUUGCAAGAAAUGGCAUCAUCUAUGGGUAACAAUAAUAGUCAUACAGAUGUUGAUAGUCUCAUAACGGGUCGUAUUGUUAUAGCUUUAGAUGCAACCAGGGAUCACCCUGAGCAGGAAAUCAAGCGCAUUACUGAUGAGAUCAGAUCACAGGGUAACAUCCUUCAUGCGGGCGAUACCAUUAUUGUGCUUGGGGUUUUGCAUAAAUAUCUUCAUCCUAUGGGUUAUCAAAUGGAAGCAGAGCCACUGUCCAUGUUUGGAACUCAUAAACGUGAGAUCGAAAAAGAAGUAACAAAGAAGAUUGAUGCAUAUGUGAACAUGCUCAUGCAAAGUGCCCAAGACUGUGAAGGUGAAGGGGUCGACAUUGAAGUCAAAAUUACUGCUGGGACUCCAGUAAGGAAGGUGGUUGUACAAGAGGUUACAACUAUCAAUACAACAUGUGUUGUGUUAGAUAGGCACCUCAGGCGGGAUUUGACGUAUUACCUUAAACACAUACCUUGCAAAGUUGCAUUAAUUGGUGAUAAUUUAUUCGUCAAGGUUGUGAGACCUUAUUCCAUAGUUGAUGCUGACAACAUAGAGCAUAAGUUAUACUUUUCUAUGUCCAAACAAGUACCCUUGGCACCCCCUCCAACUGUAGAGAACACGGAGCAGUCUGUUGUUUCAAUCAACUAUUCAGGUUCUGUGGAAAGCUCCGAAAUACCAGAGAAUGAACUGGUGGUAUAUAAUCAACUGGAGCAUAGCACUUCACAUGAAGAUCUUAGUUUCAAUUCUAUGCAAGAAAGAUCAGAUAGGUCUGCUAGAGGAGAUAUGAAGCAUCCAAUCCCUCCUGUUUUCCAGAAAGAACGAAGACCACUUACAUCAUGGAGAUCCUCUAAUACACCAUUUCUUUGCAUCACUUGUGGAGCAAAGACAGAACUAUACAUCAAGGAUUCAAUGAGAUUCAGUUUCUCAGAAAUACAGCUGGCAACAGAUGAUUUUUCAAAGGAUAACUUGCUUGGAGAAGGUGGAUAUGGUCAUGUAUACAAAGGUCGGUUAAAAGACGGUCAGGUCAUUGCUGCAAAGGUGCGGAAGGAAGCAAGCACACAAGGAUUUUCUGAGUUUCAUUCUGAAGUUUAUGUUUUGAGCUUUGCACGUCACAAAAACAUUGUGAUGCUUUUGGGUUAUUGCUGCAAGGAAAAUGUUAACAUCUUGGUCUAUGAAUACAUCUGCAAUAAUUCUCUUGAGUGGCACUUAUUCGAGAAUACCGAGAAUAUUCUUGAGUGGCACCGCAGAUAUGCCAUUGCCAUUGGCACUGCAAAGGGCUUGCGCUUUCUUCAUGAAGAAUGCCGUGGAGGUCCAAUUAUUCAUCGUGACCUGAGGCCGAGCAAUAUACUUCUCACUCAUGACUAUGUUCCCAUGCUAGGUGACUUUGGCCUGGCUAAGUGGAAGACAAAUGACGAUGAUAUAUACACAAGGAUACUUGGCACAUUGGGAUAUCUCGCUCCUGAAUAUGCUGAGAACGGCAUUGUGUCUGUCAGAACAGAUGCCUACGCAUUUGGCAUUGUUCUUAUACAACUAAUGUCCGGACGCAAAGCCAUAGAUGCAAUGAGAGAGGACAGCCAUCAUUCCCUUAGGCAAUGGGCAAUUCCCCUCAUUGAAAGGCUUGCAUUGCAUGAGAUCAUUGAUCCUCGCAUAGGCGACUCUUAUGACACAUUUGAAGUGUACCACAUGGCUAGAACAGCUUUCUUGUGUGUGCAGAAUGACCCUGAACUGCGGCCAUCAAUGGGAGAGGUCUUGCGUCUUCUUCAUGGGGAGUUAGACCAUCUCCACCAGAUCGCGGAGCAGUUUGUACCUCAAUUUGCUCCACAUUUUAGCAAAUAGAAACCUGAUCAGCCAUGUUAUGUUUAGUUUGUUGCUGCAACUGUCUUGGUAUGUUUUACAUUUGUG